AUGAGUGGUCUCGCCGAUCCCCCGAGCAAAGUUACCUUUGCUCCCACGGUCACCACCCAUGCUCCCGGCAAGACUCGCAAUCUUCCUGUCCUCUCCUCGUCCGUGACCGGCUCAAAUCAGUCGUCCGGUGACCCAAUGGAUGUAACUCCGUCGACCGGGGGCGCUGCGCCUCCCAAUUCCGAUGGCGCAAACUCCAAUUCCAAUGCGCCCAAUGGUUCUACGGAUCUGAACACUGCGAGCAACAGUGGCAACAAUAAUACCAAUAACAACAGCAAUGGCCCGAACCAGGCCAUCGGAGCUGCCGCUGCUGCCCAGCAGCCCAAAGUCGUACAGACGGCAUUCAUCCACAAAUUAUACAAUAUGCUCGAGGAUCCUAGCAUUCAGCAUCUCAUCUCCUGGUCCAGCUCGAACGAUAGCUUCGUCAUGUCUCCCACAUCCGAAUUCUCAAAAGUUCUCGCGCAAUAUUUCAAGCAUACCAACAUUUCAUCCUUUGUCAGACAACUCAACAUGUACGGCUUUCACAAAGUGAGCGACGUCUUCCACACCGGAUCUCCCGAUUCCGCGCUCUGGGAAUUCAAACACGGCAAUGGCAACUUCAAACGCGGAGAUUUAGUAGGAUUAAGGGAAAUCAAGCGCCGGGCAUCUCGUCACGCUCUGAUCCACCGCGACUCAUUCCCCGGCCAUAAGACCACCGCCGCGUCGCAACCCGGUACCCCAGCCGAACCGGUUCCCGAUGCUACGGAGACACGUUUGAUGGCGCUCGAACAUUCGCUCUACGACAUGUAUAACCGCCUGGGUCGCGCAGAAGAGGGAAACAUGGCCCUCAGCUCGAGAUGUCAAGCAAUGGCAGAGGGCCUAUCCAGAUGCUACCACUGGGGUUAUUCGAUGUCGCGAUUCGUACAAGCGAUGGUUCCUGAUCGAGAUAGCCCUCUGUAUCGCGACAUCGUCAGUAUGCAAAGUGAACUGGAAAGACACCUUGAUUCUGUCCGCGCCCUGGAGAACCCUCAUGAUCCAUAUCUCGCAGCGCGGCAGCCGCCGCCUUACUUUGCGAACGUCUCCGUCGAGCCACCGGGCGCGCCGCUCUCUCCUCGACAGAUGCCAAUGGACGAUAGUCGUCGACCAUCGGUGGUCGAAUCCUCUUUCCGGCCCAAUAUGAUCCGGCCCCCUCUGCCUCCACACUUGGCCGUUUCUCCGCGUCGUUAUGGCUCCGUCAGUGCUGCUGCCCAUCCUUCUCCGAAUCAUAACCGUCCCCAGGUCCCCUCUGUUGUAACACCUCAGCCACCGAUGCCUCACCCACUUUCGUCCGUCUCGUCUCCUCCAGGACCCAACCUUGGGCGACGACACACAUCCGCCGAUAUUCGCCAGCACGGCUGGCCGCCACCGGGCGUUUCGCCCUUCUCGACCCAUCACCCACCAGUACCACCGCCGCCCCACUGGCCUCCGUCACCACAUCGCACUCCAACCUCCAGUGAACAACAGGUCCGAGAUGUUUUAGCUCAGUACGAAAUGGGUGCCCCGCGUAGACCUCCGCAUUCACGCAACAUAACCCCGCCUACGAGUGCCGACGCACCUUCGUCGUCUAUGCUCAGUGCCGAUAAUGGUUGGACGUUUGGGCCCCGGUAUCCCCGACACGAGUCAUCCCUGCCAGCAACCCGACGGUCCAGCAUGGCCAGUAACGUUCAUUCGCUCCUCAACCCGGCUGAUACCGCUGAGCGACCCGAUGAGGAUCAAGCAAUGAACGAUGACCGCAAGCGAAAACGUUUGGAAUGA